ACACACACACACGCAGUGUCCUGUCUCUUUGCCCUGCUCACUAAUACUACCAUCCGGAGAGAGAGAGUCAUGGAGGCAGACAGCCAGCAUCCCAGAGACCUCCAAUGAAUUCCGAAUCCGAACUGAGAGGUUAGCGGGACUCCUAACGCUGAGGUUUCCCCGCAGGCACACAUUGCUCACUAUUCGUGCAGAGACAGUGCCUACACACCCCAUUCUGUCCACGGGGAAAAUCCAACGCAUGUAACAUAUAUAUAGAGACGGCGCGGACUCCAUUCCCUCAGAUGCACGCACAGGAAUAUAUACGUCCGCUGUGAAUAUGCAUACAUGUGAAUUAUGCCGAUAAACCCACACACAUUCUGCUCACAGGAGCUGCAUGCAGCUGAUGUUAUGACAGAGCAAGAAAUGCAGCAGCCAUGAACCAGCUGUGUGCAGAGCCCUGCAGAGCCCUGCAAGACAGUAUUAGGCAAUUACUCUGCCGGGCUGGAGGCGAGUUCCGUCUCCAGAGAGUCCAACUGGAAACAAGACCCCGGAAGCUGGAGGAUAGAAUCCUGGUCACAACAUGUUGGAGAUUCUAUAUAUUUUACAUCAAGCUGCCAGCAAAGAUCGAAAGCUCAUUCAGUGUGUUGGAGAUCCGUGCUCUCACAGCCAUCAGCCUCAGUCAGAUUCUUAUUGAGACUGAGAAGGGGAGCUUCCAGCUGACACUGUCAUCACAGAACACAGACCAGUUGAUUAACUGCAUCCAAGCCACAUUAUCCAAAAUAUUCCCCACUCCAGAAACAGUAUGUCUGAUCAGGCGACAGUAUCCUGAAUCCGCAGAUAACACAUCACCAAGCUCUGAUAAUGCUGGUUUUGCCAUCUCACCUGGCAUCUGUGGAGGGUUUUCAGAGACAUAUGCUGCUUUAUGUGAUUACAAUGGUGUCUGCUGCAGGGAAGAGGUUCAGUGGGAUGUGGAUAUGAUUUAUCACUCACAGGACAACCGGGAGUUCAACCUUCAGGACUUCAGCCACCUAGAGAGCAGGGACCUUGCUUUGGUUGUUGCUGCUCUUGCGUACAAUCAGUAUUUUCUCAGACUGCAAGCUGCAAAUGUCAAACUGGGAUCCGAAGUGACGGAGCAGAUACUGCACUGCGUUGGGCGGUCACAGCAUUUGGAGGAGCUAAUCCUAGAGGACUGCGGACUGAGAGCUGAUUUUGCUCUCCGUUUGGCCACUGUGUUGUCAGAUAAUACAGCUUCCUCUCUCCAUACACUGAACCUGUCACACAACCCCUUGGAAGACAGAGGAAUUGCUGCUCUCUCUCAGCAGUUUCUGUACUUUCAUGCUGGUCUCCGCAGUCUCAAUCUGAGUAAAACAAACAUCACAGCAAGAGGAGCACUAGCUCUGUGUCAGUCGCUCUGCCAGAACGCUCUUUUCUCCUCCUCGCUGCAUUCUCUGACCCUCAGUAAGAAUCCUGGACUACUUGGGAGCGAAGAGACUAAUGCACUUUACACUUUUCUGUCUCACCCAAACUCACUGGUCCAUUUAGAUCUCUCAGGAACAGACUGUGCUGUGGAUACUAUUUUCGGGGCACUUGCCCUUGGAUGCUGUUCCUGCCUCUCACAUCUUGAUCUCUCCAAGAAUUCGUUGUCACAUCGGAGGACACCAGAGACUUUGCCAUCAGUGGAAAAGUUUUUUGGCAGCUCGUUGUCGCUUUCACAUGUAUCACUUAGUGGAACCAAAGUGCCCCCUGAACUAUUGAGAGCUCUGCUGCAAGGACUGUGUUCAAAUACUCACAUACAGGAUCUACAUCUCGACUUAAGCAGCUGUGAAUUGCGCUCAGUAGGUGCUCAGAUAUUGCAGGAUCAGUUUCCUCCAAUCAGUUGUAUUGGCAGUUUGAACAUAUCCGAUAAUGGAUUGGAUUCUCACUUGCUGUCUCUUAUCCCUGCUCUGGGCAGAAACAGACAUCUCAAGCAUCUGUCUCUGGGCAGAAACUUCUCAGUUAAAUCACGAGUCCUGGAGGAGAUUCUGCAACGCAUUGUGAAUGUUCUUCAGGAUGAAGACUGUUCCCUUCAGUCCCUCUCUCUUGCAGACUCCCGUUUAAAGUCUCGUACCUGCAUUGUUUUGAAUGCUCUUGGAAGUAACACUUCUCUGCAGGAGCUGGAUAUCAGUGGUAAUAACAUGUCGGAUAUCGGAGCCAAGAUGCUGGGUAAAACCUUACAGAUAAACACCACUCUACGGUCUGUGCUUUGGGACAAGAAUGCAGUUACAGCAUCUGGAUUCAUGGAUGUAGCGCGGGCUCUGGAGAAGAAUCGAAGCUUGCGUUUUAUGUCCUUCCCUGUGGGAGAUAUCUGUCAAGCAUAUCAGAGACAUCCUGAGAGAGCAGAAAGUGCCUGGAGGAAGAUUCACAGCUGUCUCUUGAGGAAUUCUCAGACCUUGGUUGUUUCUGACCAGAGAGCCCUACGCCUCCAACAGGGUGUGACAAAUAGUGCCGAACAGAUGCUGCACACUCUGUCUGUUAUGAUACAUGAUCAUAUCAAUGCUCUGCGUUCCUGUGAUCUUGAGACUGUUCAAGAGGACAUAAUAUGUGCGAGACAGCUACUGAGAGAUGCUAAAAACUGUCGAGCUCUGUUGCCACGUCUUCUGGAAGCAGGAAGUUGGCUGUCUCCUUCAGGUCCUGCUCAGCGCCUCUUGGAAACUGUUUCAUAUGAGCUGUCUCGUGCAGUUGAUAGGGAACUUCAGAACAUUGCAGACACCAUGUGGGAAGCGACCCAAGACCUAUUCCCAGGGGCUGCACGAGAUGCCCAGAGAGGAAGCGCAAUGCUUUGCAGAUUAAGAGAGCAGCAUGGACUCAGCCUCCCACAUAUACGGGAUAUGCUUCGACAAGUGGGGAAUGAGAUACACAGCAAGCUACGAGGCGCUCAACUUUCCCUUAUGACACGUCUCAGUAAUUCCGUUCUCGAACAAGUUCUGCAGGAAAUGCAAAGAACACACAGGACACUGUCCCGUCACAGAUCCCAGCUGCAGAGUCUGAUGGAAGAGGAACAGAGAAUUCUGGGAUAUUACACCCAAACUCCCCCAAGGAAACAGGAAUCUCACGAGGGAGAAAUGUUCACCAGCAUCGAUACUAUGGUGAUAAAGAAACGCCUCCAAGGCAGGAAAAUCCGGCCAGUCUCUGCAUUUAUCAGUGUGAGUGAGCAGGAGUUGAGUCCCAGGACGUUGGAUUUGGGAUCUCCAGGAUCACGAGACCUCAGUUCACCACCUGCACUCUCCUCGUCUGCUAGUAGUCAGCUGUCUCGUUCUCUCAGUGUGUCUUUGGAAGGUCUCUCUGAACUCCCCACAGAAGGCAGCAAACUGCAGCAUCAAACACGAGACAGACCAAAACAGCAAACCCGACGGGCACCAGGAGGUAGUAAGGUGCGUGGUCCUGCUUCUGACACUGAGGUACGACCUGACGCUGCAUUAGACGAGGGACUGGAUGAUUUCUUCCAUCGCACAGUACUGACACAGUCACACAGUAUCUCUUCGGCCCCUUCAGGGGACACAGAAGGGCCACCAAAGAGGCGCCGCAGGAGUCUCUUCCAUUUCCGCAGAAGCCGAACCCCAAAACGUGAAAAAGGGAGAGUUGUUCCUCCAUCUUCUCCUGGACCAGAAAGUGUUACAGAACACCUGAAACUGGAAGGGAUCCAAAUCACCAAUGGGACACUAGCUACCAAUGGAGCAGAAGCCCCAAAUAUAGGAAGUGUGAGGGGUUUGCCUGGCCGUGGAACACCGUCCUGUGAGCAGCCGCAGGAGGAGGUUCAGCCUGCAAGAGUACGUGGCGUUCCUCUGCCUGGGAUGGAUGGAGGCCGUGUGUGGAGGGAGAUGGAUAUCUCCGUGGGCACUAGCUGUGUUCCCGAUGACAGACGUCGUUCCUCUGGGGAUGGGGAGGAGGGUGCUACGUUUGAGGACAGACAGCCUUGUUUUUCCAACGGAGACAGAAACACUCAGAAGAAUUUAUCAAGAGAUGAGGGGGGUCUUAAUGUUUCCUGCCCCCCUCCUACAGAAAUGCGGCCGGUCGCUGCCCCACGGGGUAGGAAGGUGUCCUGUGGGGGGGGGCCCGGUGAUACGGAAUGUGCUGAGGAGACCAGGAAGGAAAUCCCAGUGCCCAGACCACGAAACAGAGAGCCUGGGAAAGAAGCGGCCCCCCAAGGGGGAGAUGUUCCUCCUCCUGUGCGCAAGCCUCCUCUAAAGCCACAGCGAUCCCGGCGGAUGCAGUCAUGUGAUUCAGCAGAACCGCCACCCUCUGUGAAUGGUACCCGCAUGACUUUGGCAUCGAAUGAACAGAAAGUGCCCCAAAGUGGUGAUGCCAUAAACCAUGGAUUGCGCCACAUUGCUGAAGCCAAAGAGAGAGAUGUAAAGAGCCUGCCAUCCUCUGCUUGAUGCACCACCAUCAGCAAGCCCAGGAGCCAUGCCUGGAAUGAACCAGGAGAAGUCAUCUUGCCUCUGAAAUGCACUGGAGAGAUCAGCCUGAGUUUGUGGCUUAAUGGAAGGACAACAACAUCUGUCUGUGCAUCAUUUGCAACACUUAAUAAAACUCCCAACCUUAAUAA